AUGUGCAUUAAAAACUUGGGGAUAGAGCCAGUGUUUUUGUUGUCAUGUGGAUCUUUCAAUCCAAUUACUGUGAUGCAUAUGCGAACAAUGGAGUUAGCUAGAGAUAAAAUUGAAGAAUCACAUAAUCCAUCAAAGAAGGAGAACGCACAGUUAAGUGAAAUUGAAUGUACGGAUAAAGCUGUACUAAAUCAUGCUCAUCGACCGGUUGUGGUUGGUGGUAUAUUUAGCCCUGUAUCAGAUCUUUAUGGCAAGAAAGGUCUGCUUCCAGCCGCUAUACGUGUUGAGCUCACGCGCAUAGCUUGUCGUACCACAUCGAAUUGGUUGAGUGUAAGCAAUUGGGAGUGUUGUCAGCCAAGUUGGUCGAGAACUCGGGAAGUUUUAGAUUAUAUACAAAACUCACUGGAGAAGAUAUUUUCAGGAUUAAGUAAAAAUAAUGCAAGCGAUGAAUGUAAUGCAAUUUCGAAAAGUGAAAUUCUUUGUACAAAAGACCAUCCUCAUUCUAAUGACCAUUUAGUUAUCAAAGAGUAUGAGCAAGUGAAAAUUACAUCACUAGAAGGCAUGGCGACUAACUGUUGGCUUAAGAAUUGUCUUAUGAACAUUGUAUCUUCCGAAAAUUACUAUCAACCAGAGUGCGAUAAAAACCAAUCACAUUUUGAUGAAUACGUGAAUAACAAUUCCUCCACCGCUUUAUUCAAUGAGGAGAAAACUGGCUACCUUUUGAAAAAUAGUUCAGGUACUUGUUUGCUCUCCAAACCUCAUAUUAAAUUGGUAUGUGGUUCUGAUGUCCUUCAGUCAUUUUCAGUUCCAAAUUUGUGGUCAGACGAUGAUCUUGAAACCAUUGUUCGUGACUAUGGUUUGAUUUGUAUAAGUCGGCCAUCAUAUGACGCCUCAAAAGUUAUCAUUGAAUCAAAGAUUUUGAACAGGUAUAAGGACAAUAUUAAGAUAGUUGCAGAUGGCUGUCAAAACUCACUCAGCUCAACUUUUGUACGCCGAGCUUUAAGUCUUGGAGAAAGUGUUCGCUACUUAGUCCCGGAGCGUGCUUUGGAAUACAUUUAUGCUCACAAGUUAUAUGAGGCUAAAGGAAGAACCGUUGGUGUAUGUAGUCAGUAUUCAUGA